UUUUGAAAAAGUCUGAAAACCAAAGAAUGGUACCGAUCAGAAAGCCCCGGAUGAAAAUGCGAUAUUUGUAGGUUUACCAGAAAAAUGGAGGAAACCAAGAGAUAGGGCCAAAUAUUUUGUUUGGAACGACAGAUUCCCGUGGUUCCUCACAAUGGCCUCUGCGGCAUCAGGGUCAAACAAUGACCGGGGCCCUGAUAAAAGCCCAAUUCGGUCAGCAAGAACCACAGAAACCCGGUGUGGGGAUCAAUCGGAUACCCAGUCGCCGUGUCCACGAAACGGCCAAAAUUCCCCUGCCGAAGCGACACCUAGUGGCAGUGCACCCGCGGAGGGUGACAUCGAAGGUGUCGAGGGAGGUGAAGACGGAAAGGUUCUUCUUAGUUCAGGUUGGAAUACUGCUCUAGCUGCAGCAGCCGGUGCCGCAACCAUGACUCGCAAACGUGCCAACAUGAGGAAACAACAAAACCAAAACGUGCGCCCGCAGCGGGCAUUGUUCUGUCUCCGCUUGAACAACCCAAUCAGAAAGCUGUGCAUCCGGGUUGUGGAAUGGAGAGCCUUCGAGUAUUUGAUUCUGAUCACCAUCUUCGCCAACUGCAUUGCGCUGGCAGUGUACACGCCGUUCCCCCAGUCAGAUUCCAACGAAGUCAAUGCAGCAUUGGAAAAGAUAGAGUAUGUGUUCAUUGUGAUAUUUACACUGGAAGCUGUUCUCAAGAUAAUAGCAUAUGGCUUUGUUCUUCAUGCUGGUGCUUAUCUACGAAACGGAUGGAAUAUCUUAGAUUUUAUCAUAGUUGUUAUAGGUAUUAUAAGUCAGAUCCUUUCUGAGAUAAAUAGCAAAGGGUUUGAUGUGAAAGCUCUACGAGCCUUCAGGGUUUUGAGGCCAUUGCGGCUUGUAUCCAGAGCUCCAAGUUUACAAGUAGUGUUGAAUUCUAUCCUCCGAGCAAUGGUGCCUUUGUUACACAUAGCACUGUUAGUUAUCUUUGUAAUCAUCAUUUACGCUAUCAUUGGACUAGAACUCUUCUCAGGGAAGUUACAUGAUACCUGUUAUUUUAAAAAUCCAUUAAGAGAAGCUUUACCUGAUCCUCACCCGUGUGGAAGGGGAUUCGAUUGUAAAAGCGUAGUGAACGGAUCCGAGUGUGUGAAGGAUUCAUGGAUAGGGCCAAAUGAUGGCAUUACAAACUUUGAUAACUUUGGUUUAGCUAUGCUAACAGUGUUCCAGUGUAUAACCAAUGAAGGAUGGACAGAUGUUUUGUAUGAUGUGAAUGAUGCUGUGGGAAGUGAGUGGCCGUGGAUCUAUUUUAUCAGCUUAAUUAUCAUAGGCUCCUUUUUUGUUCUCAACCUUGUUCUUGGUGUGUUGAGCGGAGAGUUUUCCAAAGAGAGAGAAAAAGCAAAAGCUCGGGGUGAUUUUCAAAAACUUAGAGAAAAACAGCAAUUAGAAGAAGAUCUUAGGGGGUAUUUAGACUGGAUAACACAAGCAGAGGACAUAGAUCCAGAAAAUGAAGAUGAAGUAGAAGAUGGGAAUACCCCCAGACACAGUAAAGCUGUUGCGGAGACAGAUGCUAUAGAGAAAACGGAGGAAAUGGGGAGCGGGGAAAUACAGCACUCCUGGUUUCAAACUAAAAAGUUACGUUUUCAAAAAUUUAAUAGAAGAUGUAGAAGAGGAUGCCGGAAAAUAGUGAAAUCUCAAGCAUUCUAUUGGAUAGUUAUUGUUCUUGUGUUUUUGAAUACAUGUGUGCUUACUUCUGAACACUAUCAACAACCCCCAUGGUUGGACAAUUUUCAAGCCAUUGCCAAUAUGUUUUUUGUGGUGUUGUUUACCUUUGAGAUGCUUCUCAAAAUGUACAGUCUUGGCUUCCAAGGGUACUUCGUGUCCCUGUUUAACCGUUUUGACAGUUUUGUUGUGUUGUUCAGUAUACUGGAAGUGAUCCUUAUAUACACGGGCGUGAUGCCACCCCUGGGGGUGUCUGUGCUCAGGUGUGCUCGUUUACUCCGAGUUUUCAAGGCUACCAGGUACUGGUCGUCACUGCGGAACCUUGUAGCGUCACUGUUGAACAGUAUGCGAUCCAUUGCCAGUUUGUUGUUGCUGUUGUUUCUCUUCAUUGUUAUCUUCGCCUUACUUGGGAUGCAACUGUUUGGUGGCAAGUUCAACUUUGACCAGCAGACUCCCAGGAGCAACUUUGAUACCUUCUGGCAGUCCUUGUUGUCCGUGUUCCAGAUCCUGACUGGUGAGGACUGGAACAUGGUGAUGUAUGAUGGGAUCAGGGCGUAUGGCGGCGUCAAGAAGCCCGGCGUCAUCGUCUGUAUAUACUUCGUUGUGCUCUUCAUUUGUGGUAACUAUAUCUUGUUGAAUGUCUUCUUGGCCAUUGCUGUUGACAACUUGGCUGAUGCCCAGAGUCUGACUGAGAUCGAGCAGCAGAAGGAUGAGGAGAAGGAACGAACACGAUCCAUCCGAAGGUCCAAAAGCAAAACUCCGGAAAAAGAGGGUAACAUCGAAGAAGAUGAAGGUGUUGAUGUCAAUGGAAAUGAUAACAAUGAAAACGACGAAGACAAGGCAUCUGUAAAUCUCAGCCGACAGCCCAGCUCACGGAGUAGGAGAGACAGCUCUGGUGAUCAUCAUGUCCAUAUUGACUUGACUCCCGAUCGUGACGAGCCGGGUGAAUACAGAAACAGUCAUCAAGUUCCUAUACAAGAAGAGGAGGACGACAAGGAUGAGGGUACAGAGGACGAUGAGGAUGAGGACGAAGAAGAUGAGGAUGAGGACGAGACACAGACUGUCUCGACUGCCCGUCCACGUCGCAUGUCGGAACUCCACAUCUCCAGCAAGGCAAAGCCCAUCCCACAAGCCAGCUCACUCUUCAUGUUCUCACCAACAAACAGAUUCCGACUCUUUUGCCACAAGACCUGCAACCACUCUUACUUUGGCAACAUCGUCCUGGCCUGCAUCCUCAUCAGUAGUGCCAUGUUGGCAGCUGAGGAUCCCCUCCGUUCAAAGUCUCCCAGGAACAUCAUCCUGAACUACUUCGACUACUUCUUUACAAGUGUCUUCACAAUAGAGAUUAUCAUCAAGAUCAUCACCUAUGGGCUGGUGUUACACAAGGAAUCCUUCUGCCGCUCUCUCUUCAACAUUCUGGAUCUGUUGGUCGUGGCGGUCUCUCUCGUUUCUUUCCCACUGGACAAUCAAGCCAUCUCAGUCGUGAAGAUCUUGAGGGUGUUGCGAGUGUUACGUCCACUGAGAGCUAUCAACAGAGCCAAGGGUCUCAAGCAUGUAGUGCAGUGUGUAAUCGUGGCUAUCAAAACCAUCUACAACAUCAUGUUGGUCACCUUCCUACUGCAGUUCAUGUUUGCUGUCAUUGGAGUGCAACUCUUCAAGGGUAAAUUCUUCAGCUGUUCUGAUGAGUCCAAACUGACCGAAGCUGACUGCCAGGGUUCGUAUAUCGACUUUAGAGAAGGAGAUUUUCAUUCUCCGGUUGUGGAAAAACGUGUUUGGGAGGAGAACAACUUCAACUUUGAUGAUGUCAGCCAAGCCCUACUUACGCUGUUCACUGUGUCCACAUUUGAAGGAUGGCCAGACCUGCUGUACAAGUCCAUAGAUUCCAAUGAAGAGUCUCGUGGUCCUAUACAUAGUAACCGGCCAAUGGUGGCCAUCUUCUACUUCAUCUUCAUCAUUGUCAUCGCGUUCUUCAUGGUCAACAUCUUCGUUGGUUUUGUCAUUGUCACCUUCCAGAAUGAAGGAGAACAGGAAUACAAAAACUGCGAGUUGGACAAAAAUCAGCGCAAAUGUAUAGAGUUUGCCCUAAAAGCGAAGCCCAUGCGGCGCUACAUACCCAAGGCAAGAUGGCAGUACAAAAUCUGGUGGUUUGUCACAUCGAAGGCCUUUGAGUACGGCAUCUUCGCCCUAAUUAUGAUCAACACUGUCACACUAGCCAUGAAAUACCACCAGCAGUCUCAGGAGUUUGUGAAGGCCCUGGACUAUCUCAACAUGAUCUUCACAGGAGUAUUCACAGUGGAGUUCCUCCUCAAACUAGCAGCCUUCAGGUUCAAGAAUUAUUUUGGAGAUGCUUGGAAUGUGUUUGACUUCAUCAUUGUACUCGGUAGCUUUAUUGACAUCAUAUACACUGAAGUGAAUUAUCAACGUGAGUGUAAUGUAACAGGCGACGUCUGCCGGUAUGUGCCUGGCAAGACGAUCAUCAGUAUCAACUUCUUUCGUCUUUUCCGAGUGAUGAGGCUUGUGAAGCUGCUGAGUCGAGGAGAAGGCAUCCGAACACUCCUCUGGACGUUCAUAAAAUCAUUCCAGGCUCUUCCAUAUGUAGCGUUACUUAUCGUGAUGCUGUUUUUUAUCUAUGCAGUAAUUGGAAUGCAGGUGUUCGGUAAGAUACGACUAGAUGAUGAUACAGAAAUCCACAGGAACAAUAACUUCCAGACAUUUCCGCAUGCAGUGCUGGUGCUCUUCAGAUCUGCUACGGGGGAGGCAUGGCAGAACAUUAUGCUGGACUGUGUGCACAGACCAGGUGUGCGGUGUGACAGACAGGCCGAUCCCAACCUCGGAGUGGGCAACGACACGAAUCAUGAAGAAAGCAUUUGCGGAAACAACUUCGCUUUUAUCUACUUCAUCUCAUUCUACAUCCUCUGUUCAUUUCUGAUUAUUAACCUUUUUGUGGCUGUUAUCAUGGACAACUUUGACUAUCUGACUCGUGAUUGGUCAAUCCUGGGUCCGCAUCAUCUUGACGAGUUUGUCCGACUUUGGUCAGAAUAUGACCCUGAAGCAAAAGGUCGAAUCAAACAUUUAGAUGUUGUAACCCUGCUGAGGAAGAUCUCGCCGCCAUUGGGCUUCGGCAAACUUUGUCCCCACAGGGUAGCUUGCAAGAGACUUGUCAGCAUGAACAUGCCAUUGAACAGUGAUGGUACGGUGAUGUUCAACGCGACGCUGUUUGCACUGGUGCGGACGUCGCUGAAGAUCAAAGUGGAGGGCAACAUCGACACGGCCAAUGAAGAGCUCAGAGCUGUUAUUAAAAAAAUAUGGAAGAGGACAAGUCCUAAACUUCUUGAUCAAGUCGUCCCCCCAGCUGGCAGGGAUGACGAUGUCACAGUGGGGAAAUUCUAUGCAACAUUUCUUAUCCAAGACUAUUUCCGGCGCUUUAAGAAACGCAAAGAACAAAUGCAAAAGAUUCAAAAAGGCCAGGAACACACCAACGCUUUGCAUCCCUUUAUAGGUCAAGAACCAAAGGCGGGUCUGCGAGCAGUUCACGACCUUGGGCCGGAAAUACGACGCGCCAUAUCAGGAAAUUUGGAUGACGAGGAAUUCUUAGAUAAAGAUAUAGAAGAACCUAUGCAUAGGAGAAAUCAUGGUCUGUUCGGCAGUGUGGUUAGUGCCAUUGCGGGAUACACACGACCAAUUCUUCCAUUCUUGAACCGCACACAAUCACUUAAAGGAAAACCUGGUGAAGAGAACCAGAAGGUCUCUCCUGUUAAUACUUGGUUAAUUAAGGAGAACAUCAAUGGUAACUUAGCUACUGGGUCUUGUAACCAUCUGAACCUUGAGAGCCGUAACCAGAUGAACCACACACCGUCACCCCGUCCAUCGCUCAAUAUACCACCAGAGCCAGCUAAAGACCAGAGACGAGACAGCAAGUCAAGUGAGGUAUCCUCUGAAGGCGAGGAGAGUGAAGGGGAGGAGGGAGUUGAGGGGGAGGGAGACGAGGGACAGGGGGGAGACUCGGACCUGGAGACUGUUGUUACCCACUCUUCUGCUACCUCCCCCCAGCCACUUGUGCUGGGUGAACAUGUCAUACCUAACAACCGUACUCAUGCCCUCAAUCCUCCAGAGAUGACCAAGAAGCAUGGCAUUUAUGUCUACAGGGAUCUUCCACAAGAGGACAGUGACUACGAGCGUGAACAGACCCCACCAACGCCACCCCCACGGAAACUGAGUCGCCGGGGGGCGUCCUUCAAACUGGGGUGCAUUGGGAAACAGGACAGUGAUGAAAAUCCCUUGAUGAGAAAAGUUGCGGAGCCGUUGCGAUUGACGCAGGCUCAGGCUAUGGCUGUUGCUCGGAUGACUCCAGAAGGUUUGACGGGCUAUCAGCGCCCCAUGCAGUACCCGAACGCUGUGAGAACGCCCCCAACCUCACCGAGCCGAUCACGACACUACUUGGCUCCAGGUGGUAAAUUCUUGAACUUUUUCAAAAACUGGAGAAAGGACCGUGUAAGAGAGCAAGAGGAACCUCGGAUGCGCCACCGCUUGUCGGACUCAGCAGCCAUGGGUGACACGGCAGGGCCAAUCUACCGCAGUCUGGACCGUGGGCCCCUUGUCAUACCCCAGCAUGUCAUGUCUCAGUACCAGCAAGACCCCCGUGUCCAGAGGAGGGGCAGUGCUGAGCGCAUGGUGGAAAAGGUUUUAAAGGAAGAAGGUUUAGGUAAAUACUUAGAUGCCAAGUGUCUACAACGUGAGAUAGCAGAGGCCACAGACAUGACACCGGAAGAGAUGGACUUGGCAGCCAGGGAACUUAUACGCCAGAGGACCCCUCGGGGCCCAUAUUAUGAACAUUUAGGGGGCUACAGUGCCCAAGAACUCAAAGACUAUAACCAGUAUUCCGCGGGAGACGAGUCUCGGCGGCCACAGACUACCCAUCAUACACAAGGAGACGAAGAAGAGGAGGAAUCUAUAGACGAUAAAAGGGUACAUGUAACAGUGUUAUAGCGGUUGCCAUCCGCCCUUGUGUGUGACCGACAAGGGGGGAGAUAACUCUAGACUACUAGUGUGCUAACCAAGGCUUGUUUGUGUUUGUCCACUCACCCAACUAUGUGUGUUCCGAUGUGGAGCUAACACUUGACACUACAACACUGUGUGUGCUCACCAAAGGGGAGAUAACCUGCUUGGUCGGUGGGCAUGUGUGACUGACUUUGCAUCCCUCACUCGGUGACUUACGUAGUUGCAUUUCCAUAUAUGUUUGUUUGUUCUUCAUCCCAAAAGUAAUCAACUUAGAGCUGUGUGUGGAAAUCCAUUAGAAUAGCUCCAUACAAUCUACACUUAAGUAACCCUGGAUUUGGAUAGGAUCCUUACCCCAAUGCUUGCUCAUCUUGUCAGGAAUAUUCAAUCAUAUCUCCAUCAACCUCAUCACCAGAUCAUCAGAUAAUUUUUGAGAUUGAGAAAUAUUUUUGAAACCUUGGCUAGAAGAGAUAUUCAACUAUUUUGGGACAUUGAGAAACCUUUGCUCAUGGCCGCCUCAGAUAUGAUAGUAUGGAGAUCGUCUCUCUGGCACAGAAAUCAUGGAUUCCUUGGGAUUAACCUCAUCUUUUAUGUUCCAUAAAUGAUGACACAGUGUUUAAGUGUUUAUAACUUCCUACUUUUCUAUCAAGACUGAUUGCACCAAAUAAUGUUACGUGAGGAGGACGGUUUCUGUUCCAAGAGCGAAGGUGGGGCACACAAACCAUCGUGACUGGAUUGAAGUGAAAUAUUUUGUGACCAAUGCAUCUAGUCCAGUUGAAAUCCAUUUGUACAAACAGAACUAGUCCUAAUGAUGUAUGACAUCAUCCCUGUAGCUGCUUCAUAUUCCUUGGCAGAACAACAGCCAGAAAGAUGUUGGUAUCCCUGCGUUGAAACUAGACUCAUCACCAUAAUUAACCCCGAGUUGACAUCCCUGGCAGAGAGUGCAUGUCUGCCGUGAGACUUGUAUAUAGUGCAAAGGUCGAGUGACGCAGUGUGUAGCAUGCUGGUGUGCUACUUACAUAACUAGAGUUUCCAGCUCGGACAAACCAGCAGGCUCUGGUUCUAACCGGUAUUUCUUGUGCAAUCCAGAUUUCUCUUGAUUUUUAUCCUCUGUGUGUGUUGUGGUGUUACUGUUUUAAUCACGUGCGAGAUGAACCAUCAACUAACAAGUGUGACUGUUUGAAUUGUAUUUCGCUGAUCAGGAGGGCAGAAUCUUGCUGAUUUUGUUGCAUGGUCCUAACAAAGCCAAGUCUUGAGAGAACCCCAGGUUUUGUUACACAUUUUGGCUCAAAGACGGAAUUUCCAGGGGUCACCUCGAGUUAGUUGUGCUGCAUUGUGUUUCAUACCUGUGAUAAACCAUUGGUUACAUAUACAUCUAUAUAUACACACAUUAAAUUAUUUGCUGUUAAGACCACCUAUAUAUAUGUGAAUAAGUGUAUAUAAUACAUGGUAUUGAUGCUUUCAUGUUGUUUUGGCUCAAGUCUGCGAUGUUAACAUUGUUGGUUUGUGGAUACACCGUAAGCUUUUGAAGACCAAGUUUGUUGCCAGGCUCAUGGUCAUCACCUUUUCUCAUUCAACAGUGGGAGGUUUGAAGACAGUUCCUAAACCCCAGAGAACUAACAUUAGCUGAUUCAAGGCCACCUGGCUUGAGUGUCUGGUGUAACUAAGCUUGUGGAGGACUUUAACAAGAGACAAUUAUCCUACCCAUUCCAUCAAUGUCCAAGCAUUGAUCACAUACAGCAAAGUGAGGAGUGUUUUACAGAAGUGUGGACGAUACAGACGUUUCAGCCAAUGAUAAUCGUCUUGGAGUGAAUUGUGAUUUCCCUAGGCCUCGCUACGGUUUUGGACUGUAGCAGGCUGAGUUAACUGCCUUCAACGAAAUCAAACGGUCCUAGCGCCAAGCAGGACAUUGGACUCCACGGAGCUGUAUUGAGUGAGACGUCUUAAACAAGCCUAUACCAAGGACAUGCAGAUGAUCUCACAAUGUCUUCCCUGCGUUCUAGAGAGUGGAGAGUCUUACAAGAUAGAAAGACGUACGUCCAAUAGGUUUUGUGUUUAAAUUCAGGACGGAGGUCUAAAAAAUAAAUUUGUAUGUUGCAACCUGACUCUGCAGAUUGGUCAAUCAGUGAAACUAUCUUCUCAAGGUUUAUUGCUGCAUCCAAUUUUUACUGAUUUUUUCCCCCUUAAAAUUGUUGUGAUGGAACUUUGGUGGAAACUUGUCUCACUUUUGAAAUGUGUAUGCCUGACCAUCCGCGUAUCAUUAUACGAUUUGUCUUUCACCGACAUGACGUGGUCACCAUGUCCUGUGGUUUCACCUUAUUUACGUGCAUGUUUGUUUUCGUUACCUUUUUUUUAAUGUUACCUUGGAAUAUAUUGAUAAAUCCUAUUUAUUUGUCUUCUGUACAGUUUUCCUGCCAGCCUGUUUUGUUUGGAUGUGACGCCAUCAAUUGUGUAAUGAUCAUAUUCAAUUUGUACAAAUACUCUUUUUUGAUAUAUAAAAGGAUUGCAAUAGGUUCAGUGCAAUAUAGAUUACAAACAACUUGAUUGGUAUACUUUUUUUACGAUAUUUCCUUGUGAUAUUUUCUAGUCGAGCUGUUGUGCUGUUGGGAAGUACUUGUCAGUCCUCAGUGCCCAAGUUUAUUAAUUUUAAUUUUGUUUAUUUUACUUUUUGUGUGCAAUGGCGAUAUCGCUACAACUUCCACACCUUAAGUACUUGUAUAUUUUUCCAAUAUUUUUCUGCUUUGGAAGCAACUUGAGUUGUUUCUAAGAUUCAACUUUCUAGUUGUUUUUAUGCAUAUAUUGGUACUUUGAUCGAAGGAGGCGAAGCAAUGAAGUGAUUAUUUUUGCACUGUCGUCGAACAGCCCUGUGUAUCAAAGGUAUCUGGUCAGACAAGAUUAGAAUAGUGUCAUUUUGUACAAUUCCAUACCAAAAGAAAUUGUUUUGACAUUGAUGAUAUCCCUCUUAUAUCAUUUAUUGCCAAAUAAUCAAAUUUUAAUACCUUUUAAUCUUAAUUCCUACAUUUUAUUAAGUAAGUGACAUGAUUUUUAUUCAAUAAUUAGUUUUAAGGAAAAAAUAUUUCUAUUUUAUUUGUGAAGAAAUUUUGUGAAUAAUUAUGAAUUUAUAAAAAUAUAACGGUAUGUUGGCUAAAUGACUUAAUAGUAGGGGAUACCUUGGGUCAAGGUGCUGGAAAAAUAUUUUGUUGGAUUUUGUCCAAAUGUCUGACAAAACGAAAAGUCACCUAAGCUUUCUACUGCUCUGUAUGCAGAUUUCUUCUCUCCCAUAGUCUGGGAAUCAUGCUUUAAACAUGUGUAUUUUUAUUUCAAGUGUGUUGAUGUGAGGUAUUCCUUGCAUCAAAGGUGUGUUUAUAAUCCAUUUCUUGUUCAUGGUUGCCCUCUCAAAUUCCUGGGAUUGCAGAUUUGCCAGCUAGAUUCAGAUGGAGAAAUUGUGAACCUUUGUGUCAUACACAACAACAUAUAGAGAAGACACUAUUAUCUGACUAAAAGCAUUACAUAACAUUAUGUAUUAUCAUACAUAAUUAUUAAAUAUGUUAUAUCAUUUGUUAUCGUUAUGAUAGUGAAUAACAUUUUAAAUUGGAGAACGAAAACACAUUGAUAUUAGCUUGUUACUGAUAUGAAGUGUCGAUAAUUAUUAACAGUGAAAUCAGUUCCUGUUUAUUGUGUGAUACUGGCCACAUGUUGUUGCUGUGAAUGCAAACUGAAAUCAAAUGUUAAAGAAAUCUGUGAAAACAAACUACACUGUUGUCUAUGUUGGUUGUUGGCUGUGAUAUUAGUGUGUUAUAAUCAUGAUAUACAAUGACACUGACAGAUACUGAGGACAAUCACAUCCAUCUGAAUCUAGAAGUCUCAAGCACCAGACUUGCCAUCAUCAUACAGUUCUUGAAGUACCGUAGUUGGGGUACCUUAAAAUGUCUGCUGAUUACUUGUUGAAGGUAUUUUGUCAGAAACUGUCUGUAAAGAAAUGUGAUACGUAACAUGAGUGUGUUUGGUUUAAAGUUGCUUUGAACAGUAUUUCAGAUGUCUCACAGCGUGUCAGCUUGAUGUGGGAGAAAAGAGUGAAGUGAUUCAGGUCUUAGACGUUUACCACUUUGGUGAAACCAGGGGUCACAUGUACAGUGCUGACAAACCUAGAAACAUAAGUCUUGGCAAAUCUUGACCAUGAUCACUGUUUUCUUGGUGCAUCUAAGGGAUCCAACUCUGCACAGUGGAGCGUCGUGCCUUAGAUGACUGGCCGCCUGUGUCUCCCCCCCCUAUAACUGAUUGAUCAAAACACCAACUCUUUGGACAUAGUCAAUAUUACACUCAAGUUAGAGGGGCGGUCGGGUAGCCUAGUGGUUAAAGCGUUCGCUCGUCACGCCGAAGACCCUGGUUCGAUUCCCGACAUGGGUACAAUGUGUGAAGCCCAUUUCUGGUGUCCCCCGCCGUGAUAUUGCUGGAAUAUUGCUAAAAGCGGCGUAAAACCAUACUCACUCACUCACUCAAGUUAGACCAUUAACAUCAGUGCAGAGGUGGAAUUUCCAGCUGCUGGUUCUAGAACCUGUAAGGUUGAUACGAGGGAGUCUGGGGCUUGGAGCUUGUUCUUGACAUUCUUGUGUGAAAGGUUUUGGUUUCUUCAGGUGACCUGUUCCCAAUCUGUGAAUGCUUAACAGACUUGGUUGGAGUGUGACAUCCCAUGCUUUGACCUUCACAGAGUUCAUCUCAGCCAGGGCCAGCCAGAGGGAUGAAGCAGGGAGGGAUGCUAACUCAGACUCUAUUAAUGAUAAAUGUUUCUCUAGGGUAUCAGGUGGAUAAUAUAAGACACAUGUUUAAGUACUUUAUUUCGAUGCAUGUACCAUUCUCAAUGAGUAGAUUUUAGAAUACUGUGAUAUGUUUUCAAAUGUGAAAUGCAAAUCUUUAAAUUGUUUAGUUCAGAUACUUGAAUGCUGAGAAGAUUUUAACGGAAUAUUUUUCCAAAUAAAAUUAUCCUCCUUAGAGAGUAAAAGUCUAAGUAUAUGUAGGUGAAGGCGUGUCUCUAGUCAGCAUCAGUCCUUGUUAAUACCAACACUGGCCUGUAUUCUUUCCAUCUUUUUAAACAUUUAAAUUUUGUUUUACACAACUUUAACAAAUGACUCCAUAUUUGUUCUAACAAUUAUUUUGGAGAAUUUGCAGAUAUUUUUCAGAAAGAAAUGCAAAAUAUUUUUUCAAUUUUGAAUAUAUAAAACAAAAUUAAUGUAUUUUAACUCAUAAAAAAAAUCACAAAUUGCUUCCUCAGAGCAGUAGAAAAGGGGCAUUUAUUCGUGAUAACAAAUGCAAAGUAGAUCAGUGUCGGCAAAUUUUCCCAUGAUAACUGUAGGACCCCCUUCAUAUAUCCCAUAUUGUGUGUGAGCGAGACUGAGUGCCAGAGUGUUUGUUCAGCCACUUGACUAAAGCCUUUUUUAACUUGUGGUUUCUAAAUAAGUGAUAUGUAAUCGUAUCAUUUGUACUUAAAAUUCAUACCAUCAAAUCAGGGGUAUUAUAUUUUUGUUACUUACAUUAAUGAUCCUGUGAAUAUGUAAGCCAAAACCCUUGUGACGACUCAGCGGUGUGCUAGACUAUGAUGCUGUACAGUUUGUUCGAAAACUACUUCAUACCAAAUCUGUGAGAUUCUUUUAACUCUAAGGAUUGUUAUUGAUGUGCAAUAAAUGUUUUUCAUGCUCA